AUGCAAUGAAGUUAGUUACGUCAAACAAAACAAAGUCAUCAGUUGUCUGUUCUGUUUUGAUUUAAGUGCGAGUAAUUUCCACUAAUUCCUCGUAAUUCGGUUCGGCCUCUGUUUGGAAUAUCGAGUUGUCGUCAAUCGAGUUGCCUUCAUUUGUGCGCAGUGCGUUGUUUCGUGGAGCGAGAUGUGAAGGCGCCUAAGUGCCGGAUAAAAGUCGAAAAGGUUUGUUGGAUGAGACGAAAUUCGCCUUGGUCCCUUUCAGGUCGAUUGGCAGACAAAGAGACUGUUCCCCGUCGAAAUUCCUCAUUGCUUGGACUGCGAACGAUUAUUGAUAAGAGUGUCGCCCGAAUAGCCAUAUCGGAGGCGAAUUAUUCAUCGGUGUCAAACCAAGUCCACCGUCAAAAUGAACAAAAUCUUGCGUAUCAUCUGGAAUAUCACGAUAAUUAUUUUCUGGCUCGUUUUCGCUGCUAUUGGUUUCAUGACGAGGGUUGCGUUGUUUUGAGCGGAGGACGACGCCGACAGAAAUAUUAGAAGCAUUUAUCAGAGGCCGCUGGCCAACAAUUCGGUGGCGGUCUAACAUCCUUCGGGAGUAUUUUACCCUUUUACUAACAUAUUUUGCAUAGAGUAGAUAGCGGACCUCCACUAACCGGUGUAGGACGAGGACACAUCGAUUAUAGGAGCUGUCGAGAAAAAUUUGCUAAAACAUCAGCCCGACGUUAUCAUUAAGCUAAAAGUGAUAUUAAAGUUGUCAGAUUACAAGACUAGAAGUUAUUAUUCAUUAUCCCCAUUCAAAAGUGCAUUUAUUGACAUGUAAAUGCAAACAAAAAAGUAAUGAGAAACAAUGACGAGAUAAGAGCCGCGGCACAAUCAAUCUACGAGAACAUCAGUACGAUGUCGGUGAGGAGUCAACCAACGACUAUAGACAUUGCACGAUCGCAUUCCAUUAAUUUAAUCACGGAGGAGUUCUUGGGCGGGUAUACGCAAGAUGGACGAAUGUCUGUUGUGCGUCGAUUUUUCUGCUUAUUUGUGGCAUUUGAUAUGUUCUUCAUAUCAUUACUGUGGCUUAUAUGCGUAAUGGUAUCCGGCGAUAACAUCUACAAUGCUCUCAAAACACAAGUGCUACAUUAUUCAAUAUACACCUCGCUGUUCGAUAUAGUUGUGGUGGCAAUAUUCCGAUUUCUUAUUCUAGCUUUAUUCUAUGCCGUUUUUUAUAUUAAUCAUUGGAUCAUCAUUGCUGUAAGCUUUGUAUUAUUUGUGCAAUCAGAACAAAUUAAGACAAUUACAUUGUUUCAGCUUUGUACGUCUGGUUCGUGUAUGUUUCUAAUCUCGAAGGUGUUUAUGUACGAUUGGACCGCUACGCCACAACCGGUAUUUCAAGUUGUUCUCAUAGUAGUAUCAUUCGUUUUAUCAUGGGGCGAAGCAUGGUUUUUAGAUUGUCGCGUAAUACCUCAAGAAAGACAUGCGCGUCGAUACUUUGCAGCUAUCACUGGCCAACCAACAGAUCGAUCACCUCUUAUCGCGCCACUUCUUCAAACAACCAGCAGUAUUGGACCGGACGCAGGAUCGAAUUUUUAUUCGCCUUACGAAUCUGGGCAUAACAGUGAUGAUGAAAAUGAGCAGGAUGAUGAAUAUCGUAGGAUGGGCAUCGAGUGUGUUCGAAAAGCCUACGAACUGCUUGAAUCGGGCAAUUGGAAAGUGGAGAAAGUGACGCCGAAAGGCGAUACAAUUAGUAGUACAAGUAGGGAGAAGUUAGGAAAAAUUUAUAGACUAACAGGUAGAAUAAAGUACCCAGCAAAGCUUUUACUGGAAGAGUUAUUUUACAAAAUCGAGGAUGUGCCCAAAUGGAACCCAACUUUAUUAGAAUCGAAAGUCGUCCGUAAAAUUAAUACAUAUUGCGACGUUUCGUAUCAAGCCACUGUAGGCGGUGGUGGUGGUAUGGUCAAACCUCGUGAUUUCGUCAACUUACGGUGCUGGCGUCUUUGUAAAAAUGGAGACGUGGUGGAGUACAGUGACGACGAGGAUGAGGCAGAAACUCAAAACCCAGAAUAUGAUGUAGACUGCGCGGGAAGUGUGUCGACAGUAUCAGAAGAAGAUUUUUUGGAUGGAGAUAAAACAGAUUCAUUCAAGAAAUCCCAGAGUGAAGCGGGCAUUGAAAGUAAAAUGAAAGAUGUGCAAUCGCCAUACACAUCACUCAGCAAGAGUUUAGGUGCUAAAGAUUUCGGUCCAGUUAAUAGUGAUCCGCCGCCGUUAGAUGAAGAUAAUUUUGCCGAUGCCAAUGAUAAAUUAGAAAAUGAUAAUAGUAGCGUAACGUCUAGAGAAACGCCUAGAAAUGAUAAGAUAUAUGUUAGUGCUGCAUUCAGCAUUGAUUAUCCUGCUGUGCCGCCAACUAGCAAAUAUACUCGAGGGGAAAAUUUAGUCUCGUGCUGGGCCAUGCGUGAGGUUGCAAAUAAGCCCGAGUCAUGUAUUUUCGAAUGGCUCUUAUGCCUCGACCUUAAGGGAUAUAUACCAAGAUACGUCCUAGAUGCUGCCUACACCACUCUUAUGCAAGAUUAUAUGACCUACUUACGAAAAUAUUGCACGGAAUUGCGGCAUAAGCGGAAAAAAGUGCCUGCUCGCAUUAGUAGUUAAGCGAUCGAGUGUAUUUUACUAGCUUCUAAUCAAAUUGUGAAUUCAUCGAAAGUGAAAAACAGGAAGAGGAUGUACGAACAUUUUACUGUUCAUAAAAGGAUACCUUCUUUUUUAAAAGAUUUGAAAAAAGCUAAUAUUUAUUGAAGAAAUAAAAUAAAUGAUACAAAUUGAAUUCAUCCCAAAAUUCAUUUUUGUUUUCAGUAGAAGAUGCCUAUUUUCUGUCCCGGUAUCACGUAUGGAGCUAGUGUUUAUAGUUUCCGCUUUAUAGUCAACUUUCAUUCAUAGUACCUUUCUGGUUUAAUUAACUAUAAGACUAAGACUUCUCUUUUAAUUUAAGUUUCCAUUUGUGCGUCCUGUUUGUCAAACUGUAGCUCUUAUACACAAAUAUUGCGCUAUGUAACAUAAAUGUGAUUCUUUUAUACAGAAAAAUAUAUAAUAUAUGCAGAA